GCUUCGCCUUAGCAGCCGCAACGACAAGGGUUUUCGAAAGGCGCGCUCGAGAACUUUUUCGCGACAAAGAACUGGUAAUCAUAUAAAUAGAAGAAAACAAUAAGAAUACAAGCAAUAAUAAUUCGAAGAAAUAUAUAUGCAAGUUAAAAUAAAAUGCAAUAAAAUCGGCACAUAUCAAAAUUGUUGUGGCAAAUCAGUGCAAAUUACAUGUGUGCAUAUGUACAAGUGAUAUAUAAACAGAGAUGCACAUACGAUUUUUAUAACUACAACAAACAGAUAAAGUGCACGAGUACCAAUCCGACCGGUAAGGUGUUUUUCAUAAGCGCAAGCCAGUAGUGAAUAACAAGUGACCAGUUGCUGAAACUGGAAAAUACGCGUUUGUAGAGAGCAACAGACUAUCUUUUUGAAGACUGACCAGCUGUAUUGCGAGAGUGUUAAGACAACAAGAAAAAUGUGCACAAUGCAGGGGAUUUUACUUGCCUUACUGAUCGCUACUGCAGCCGCACAAUCACAAUCCUAUUACGAACAGCAACAACAAGCACAAUAUAAGAAACAAUAUGAGGCACAACAAGCUGAGUAUGCAGCACGCAGAGAGCAGCAGAGCACACCCGCUUACUUGACAAGGAUAUCAUUGACGACAACCUCCUAUAACAACGCGAUUUUAUUGCCGCAUUAUAACAUAAGACCAACAACAGCGCCUACUGUCGCGCACCCAGCAGGGCUCAAUGUACGGUAUCCAGCACCACCUAAACCAAAUUAUCCACUCCUGCAAGCAUAUUCACCGCACGCCACAGUGUCUGAACGGAAUCCCGUUUGGGACAGUUCGAAACGUCAGCCGGCUGGUGUUAUCGCUCCCAAUCAUCGGGACACAUACGCGCCCAACAAAUUCAAUGCGAAUCUUUUCCGCGUAAUCACCGGACCAUCGUCACAAUACAACGUCAUUUACUCGCCCAUUUCACUGCAAUUGUUGUUGGCGUUCGUUUCUAUUGGCGCCGGUGGGGAGACCUAUAAUCAGCUGCAAGAUACACUUGGACUACCUGCCAAUAGAGAGGACACGGAUAAACUGUUCUAUAAUCUGUUGCAGACUCAACUGUAUGCCGGUAGUGCACAGCUAGUGAUGGCGAAUAAAAUGUAUCAUAGCCGACACCUGACGCUGCAGCCGUACGUACAGCAACGUGCACGCAAUUUUGACAGCGCCAUCGAAGCGAUCGACUUCCGUUCGCCGAAUGUUGCAGCGUCGGCUAUUAACAAUUGGGUUGCGCAGAAGACACAAAAUAUUAUACGCGAACUCGUUACACCAGCACAAUUGGAUGGGCAAACGCAGGCGAUGCUCAUUAAUGCCAUCUACUUCAAGGCCAAAUGGGCGAAGGAGUUCUCUACGCGUGACACCGAGCGACAGAAUUUCUAUGUGACACCGGCGCGUACAGUGCCGGUCGAUAUGAUGUACGGUGAUGACACAUACGCUUAUGGUGAAUUUCCGGAAUUGGAUGCCACCGGUGUGGAGUUGAAAUAUGCAAAUUCGCAGAUAACAAUGAUGAUCCUGCUGCCGAACAAGCUUGACGGCUUGGCAGAGAUGGAGCAGCGUAUGCAUGACGUCGACUUGAAUAGUUUGUCGAAGCGCAUGCUUUCGGAGACAGUGACGAUAAGAAUACCCAAAUUUCGCAUUAGCUACGACGUAAAUAUGAAAGCUCCUUUAACUAAGCUUGGAAUUACAGAUCUUUUCAGCGAACGCGCUGAUUUAAAAAAUUUCUUCUAUCCACAAACAGUUAGUGUGUCGCAAGUACAUCACAAGGCCUACCUCGAUGUCAAUGAGGCAGGCUCCGAAGCGGCUGCAGCAUCAUUUAUCAAGCUAGUGCCGCUCUCACUGCCCAACCGCAUCAUCCGCUUCACAGCCGAUCAUCCGUUCAUGUUCGCCAUUCGCAGUCCGCAAGCUGUCUUCUUCAUUGGACAUGUCGUUAAAAUCUUCGUUGCGCUCAGUCGCAUUUUCGUGCUCCAGACGAUCACCGCCAAUGCACCGGCACUCACUGCGAAGCUCGCCAGCGAUCGUUUCGCCUUGACACUGAGCACAGCGCUUGGCCUGCAAUCACCGGCGCAGAAUGUGCUCCUUUCGCCAGUGCUCAUACAAGCCCUGCUCACACUACUUUCCUAUGGCACCAACGAACAAGAGGCUGCAGCACUACGCGCCGCCUUGCAUUUGCCACAAACGGAGCGCAAACAAACUGCCACACUCAAUAUGUCACUGCUAUUGAGUUCGAUGAAGACACAAGCUCAAAACAAAGCGCGUCUGCUGAGCGCCAUCUAUGUGCAGGAACAUGUGUUAUUCAAAUUUCAGGAUGAGUUCUUGGAAAUGUCCAGACAUUUUGAAACACCUACACAAAUGAGCGACUUCAAGCGGAAAAGCAUUGAUGAGCUGAACUAUUGGUUCUUGCAACAAUCCAACUAUAGUUGUGGUGAGGUUCUUGACCCGAAGUUGGCCGAUUUGCGUGAUCGCUUUGUUUUGGCCUCCGCGGCGGUAUUUCACGCACCAUGGGCGGUAGGCUUCAAUGUGAAAGAGACGGAGAAAUUGAAUUUUUUCACCGAUCGCACGAAGCAUAAAUUAGUGGAUAGCAUGUAUGUGACGCAUAAAUUCCGCUAUGCCGAAUCAGCGCAUUUGGAUGCCAAGCUAGUUGAGUUGCCAUACGCGAAUCAGACACUCAAAUUGUGGCUGCUGGUGCCCAACCAAGUGGAUGGGCUGAUAAAGCUCGAAGAGCAACUGUUACACGAAGAUCUCACCAAGCUUGAGGAGCAAUUGAGUGAGCAAAAAAUUGUGUUAACGUUGCCGAAAUUCCGUGCCGAAUAUGAUGUGGACCUCAAGGGCGCCUUGAGUGCUUUGGGCUUCGCACGCAUUUUCGAUGGUGAGACAAAAUUCACGCACAUGUUCUCCUCGUUUUUCAAUACGCGCUCACCAGCUGUGACAAAUGUGCCACAUAAAGCGGUCUGGCGUGUGGAUGAAGACGGCGGUGCUUCUGCCGAGGAUGAAUUUUUUUUGGCCGUAUUAGUCGCGCUGAGUGGUUGCCUGGUAGCUCAUGCCGCCACUUUAGGUACUCAAAGUGAAGCUACUGAACGCAAUCUUUUUGCUGCCGAUAUCUAUCAGGCUGUCGCUUCGAAUCAUUUGGGUGAAAAUGUCGUGAUCUCCCCUGCAGCCAUACAAACCGCCAUGGCCUUGGCCUUCUACGGCGCCAAAGGACGCACCGCAAAUGAAAUACAAGCGGGCAUACGGCUCGGUUCGGCCAAUUCCGAUGAUGUGGUGCGUCGUUUCAGUGCUUUUCAAACUGCCUACACACGCAGCAACAAUUUACGUUUAUUCAACAAGAUCUACAUAAAUGAGAAUUUGGAAUUCAAGGCUAAUUUCCGCGAUGUGGCACGUCGUAGUUUCGAGUCGGAUCUCGAAACAGCCGACUUUCAUCCGCCCUACAAUAAACGCACCGCCGAUCGCAUUAGCAAAGAAGUGCAAGAGAAAACCUUGAAUAAAGUCACGAAUAUUCUACAACCGCAACUGUUAAAUGAUCUAACGGAAGGUGUGAUGGUCAAUGGUAUUGCCUAUAGUGCACCCUGGUUGAAUGCCUUCAAAGCUGAUAAGACAGAACGUCGUGAAUUUUCAUCCGGUGGUCGGCGGUCAGUGAAUGUGGAUAUGAUGUGGACGGUAAAUAAUUUCCGUUAUGCUGAAGUAAAUGAAUUGGAUGCAAAAGUGAUCGAACUACCCUAUCAAAAUACUGAGUACUCAAUGCUUGUGUUAUUGCCGAACCAAAUGAACGGUUUGUCUAAUCUUGUACAACGUUUGGUGGGCAAGAAUUUGGUCGGACUUGUGGAUAGUCGCUUGAGUUCGCAAAAGAUUGAGUUGCGUCUACCUAAAUUCGGUUUUGAAUUUGGUGUCAGUCUGGAGGAGCCAUUCCGUAAGCUCGGUGUCACGACUAUGUUUACCCGUCAAGGCGAUUUCGGUCACAUGUAUCGCAUGUUCGUCAGCCACUAUAUCAAUAGCGCUAGCCACAAAGCAUAUGUGGAAAUUACCGAGGAAGGUUCAGUACCUUCAUUGGAAUCCGGUGGUAUAAAGAGCUUUUUGACCUUCUCACGCCCAAAAUCUUUGGAAGUGGAUCAUCCUUUUGUAUUUGCCGUUAAACAUCAGGACUCAAUUAUUUUCAUGGGUCAUGUGACACACAAUGUUUAA